GGUGCGAUCUCCCGUUCAGCGCCCACGCGAGUUCGCAUAUAACGUCCCAGCUACACGCUGGACCAUCAGAGCAGUGAUAGACGUACCACGAUGGGCGAGAACAACUUUGUGCGGAGGAAAAAAUCAGUUUGAUCCCUCAUAUUUCUGGUCUCCAUGGAAACGUGUUGCUAGUCCACAUCAGUGGUGGCCCAUCGCAUCGCCAGGUUCUUUCGUCUGCACUGAAUGGACACGUUCAUUUUCAACCCACCGAGUGCAAGAUGAAGUAGGCGGCAGAGGCGGCACGCUUUAUAUAAAGUAUCAUUUCGAGUGCUUCUUUCGAUUAACCAGUUUUGCCAUCAACACGAGGGGAACUGGAAGUAGAGCUUAUAGUCUCUCGAGUCGUGGUGCCGUGUACCGACAUCCAAGGAUUGACGUCCAGUUUUUUACCUUUUGUAGGAAAUCUGUAUUAUCCAAUCGGUAACAUGUCUGGAUUGUUUCUGACGAUGGUUUGUCUGAUCCUCAGUGCUCUUGUCCUCACUAUGGGCCCGCUGACGGUGGAGUCGACCAGGAUAGGAGGUCCUGGAAGAGAAUUUCAAGUGCAGAAGAGAAGCUGCAGUAGAGAAGACGGGCAAGCGGCGCUUGCGCAAUGUGGUCGAAACGAAAGAUGCCGAGCAAGAGUGGAUAUAGUGAUUGCCAGAACUUGCGGAGCUAAAAAACGAUCGUUUGAGGCAGAACCAGGACAGUCCCAAGAAUCGGCAGUUGUAGACGCUAGAGGGCAGUCCCACCCACUCAACGCCCUGCGCAGAAUUCGCUUCAGCAAACGUAUGGAAUGGCGGUGAUUGGACAAAAAGUGACCUUAAUACGCAGAGAUCUAGUGGAGGAGGAGACCUGAUUGGUUAACUGUGACCAGCAAAUUAAUAUUUUUGUGUCUCUUAUUCAGUGAUGAAGUACUUCAAACAUGCCUGUGCAUAUUGCUUUGUUACCAACAUAAAAUAUACUAUACAUGUACAUCAUUAAUUAUGUACCGGUAGUGCAUGGGGAGAAAGAUAUUUUUUUGGCGUCAAGUUGGAAUUUCGAAGGAAUCUAAAUGUGACCAAACGCUGAUUGCUAUUGGUGAUAACAAAUCUUCAUUUAUUAUUGAAAAAUAGCCAUGCUUUUUCCAACUUUUGAAGCUCCUGAUUAAAAGGAAAAGGACAACUUUUAUUAAUUGGAUUAAACUCAGGCCGGCAAGCUGCUUUUUAUUUCAAUAUUUUUUAAGCUGUCCUUGUUUACGAAUAAGUCUUUGCGAGUUAAAUUUGAAUAAAGUCUGGUACAAUUAGUUAUCUGAUUGCACAUAAACAUAAUUUGAAUUCUAAAAAACUAAACUACAAAACUGCAAUACCUCAUGAUUCAGGGCAAGCGCCAUCUCCAGAGCUGAUUAGUUCCAUUGUGCCCUUUUUGUCCAUGGAAAACAGUGUAUUGAAGCAAGGCGUCUCUUAUUUAACUAAGCAAAAGCUUGCCCCAAAUUACGAAGUAUAGCAACCACAAUGAAGCAAAAUACGGGACGGAGAGCGCCUCAACCUUUGUGUCGGUAAUUGUUUGGUCUGAAGCUCAGGAAUUCUUUUCAUAAAUCUAGGGGGAUAUGUUAGGUAACAACAGUCUAGAGUGUGUAUAGGGAUGGGUGUGUGUGUGUGUGUGGGGGGGGGUACCCUCUGUCCCAUAUCUUCCUGGGUAUAAAAGCAACUGUGUCUGUAGUAUACAGAAUUCAAAUUGUUAUGUUCACUGGCAGUUAAAGAACUCAGUGUACCAGAGUGUAGUCAGAGUUAACUCGCAAAAGGCUUUUUGUGUGACCUCUGACAUUUCAAGUUCUUUCAGUUAGAAUAAUGGGUAAAGUAUGUAUAUGUUCUGCAAAGGAUCUAUUGCCGCGUAUUUUUCAAAAUUCGUUUCGAGUUCCGCUUCUCUUUACGGGUCAAAAGUAAAGUGGCAAAAGCUUGAAUUUGCAAUACGAUUCACACUGAAAAAAUUGCAUGUACUGAUUUUAUAACCAAAUUACAACACGUUGAUAUUUAGAAUAUUAGAAUAUUUAGAAUAUACAUUGAUUUCGUUAUAGUUCUUGCAACACCUUUUGAACAUCACAUUGACCAUGUAGCUGAAACUAGCGAUAUGAAAUGAUAAUACAUGCGUAAGGACGAACAAAAACGUGACUAUGGAAUGCGACUUAAAUAAUUGUUCCCAGAAUUUGAAUCCUUACUUAACAAAUUUUAACUUAAAGCUCAAUAGUGUUAUCCUCGUCCUUGAAACCAAAUGUUCCUCGAAGGCACCGUUGCCAUCAAAGUAGCUCUUAAGUUCAAACAUGCUGGGAAUACCCUAGAUCAAUAUUCUUGGGAACCAGGAAAGAUUAGGGUACAGGGUCUGAUAAUUCAACCCACACAUCGGCCUGAGCAGGAUUCGAACCGCGUUCACCAAGAAGCCACAUGCAUCAAACUUACUCCAAUUGAAGUUUCAUCAUUUGUGGAAUUUUUUUCAAGAAAAAUAGGAAUCUGACUGAUAUUUGGUAAAUACUUCUCCAGGGCUUUGACAAAUCCCCAGCCGAUAAUAUCUAGGUUGUUUUUAUCGGAAGAUAACUCUAAACAAAGGUGGCGAUGCAAGAGAGGAGAUGGGGUAGGACUAAAGAGUAUAAAUUGAAUACGUCACGCAAACAAUUAUUUGAGGCGCGCGCCUAGAAAUUCCAUUUGUCGCAAGGCACUGAAUAACCUAUUACGGUCAGUGGAAUAGCCAUGCAAGGCUGUGUCGUCUGCAUGGAAACAGAAAUAAAGUCGUUCAUUGGAUGCUUUCGCCCCAUGGCCCAACUGAAAAAAAAAUCCCCGUAACUACACAACAUAAAACAAAGGGUUUUUGCCUUUUCAUAUCUCGUCCGUAAAUGUUAUACCAAAAACUUAAGUUGGUGCUAUGUAAUUGACUCGUCUUGGGUAUUAAUGUAAACAGGUUUGCAUACCGAGGAAUCUCGCUUAUGCAACUUGCAGAUUCUAGUCUUUCUUAAUGUUAAGUAUUUCACCUGUUAUGUAUGAACUGUCAAAAUACGUGCUAUAUUGUGUAUUUAGAAGGAUCCAAAAAUACCAGGGAGGGGAAAUUGUCCAGUGGCAUAAAUUUGUGCAGGAAAU